AUGGGUGGACCUGUGCCCCACACGCUAAGCUCUCAGGCCUUGAAGGGCCUCCUCAGCGUGAUGCCCCCAGCCUUUCGCAGGAAGCCCAACUCCUCAACCCGGGCAGGGGGUGUGGGCCCAGGGCGAAACCCCGCCCCAGGGGUCCCCGAUCUUUGCCCCCGGCGCGGCCAGGCACCUCCCCUGAGAGGCCACGGGCUGGCGAUCGAGAGGGGGGAGGCCUUUUGUGUGCCUGGCUUCGAAAGACGCCGGCUGGGUCCCCACGUCUGCCUCUCAGGCUUCCCAAGUGGCUGCUGUCCUGGCUGGGCACCCUCCCUGGGCAGUGGGCAUUGUACCUUACCCCUCUGCUCCUUCGGCUGUGGGAGUGGCAUUUGCAUUGCUCCCAACGUCUGCUCCUGCCAGGAUGGAGAUCAAGGGGCUACCUGCCCAGAAGCCCACGGAGUCUGCGGGGAGUACGGCUGUGACCUCACCUGUAACCACGGUGGCUGUCAGGAGGUGGCCCGAGUGUGCCCCUUGGGCUUCUUGAUGACAGAAACAGCUGUUGGCAUCAGGUGUACAGACAUCGACGAGUGCUUGAGUGCCUCCUGCGAGGGCCACUGCGUGAAUACAGAGGGCGGGUUUGUGUGCGAGUGUGGGCCCGGCAUGCAGCUGUCUGCCGACCGCCACAGCUGCCAAGACACCAACGAAUGCCUGAGAACACCCUGUCAGCAGCGGUGCAGAAACAGCAUCGGCAGCUACAGGUGCUCCUGUAGACCGGGCUUCCAUCUCCAUGGCAACCGGCACUCCUGCGUAGACGUAAACGAGUGUCGGAGGCCGCUGGCCGGGAGAGUCUGUCACCAUUCUUGUCACAACACUGUGGGCAGCUUUCUGUGCACCUGCCGACCCGGCUUCCGGCUCCGAGCUGACCGCAUGUCCUGUGAAGCCUUCCCGAAAGCCGUGCUGGCUCCUUCUGCCAUCUUGCAGCCCCUGCAGCACCCUCCCAAGAUGCUCCUGCUGCUGCCAGACGCUAGCCAGCGGGCACUCUCCCCAGGACAUAGCCCAUCUCCAGGGGCACCAGGGUCCCCAGCCGGAGUCAGGACCACCUGCCUGCCGCCUUCCACCCCGGGACUGCCCACGGCCUCCCCUCCUACCCCGACCCAGCUGCUUUCCACUCCAAUGGCCACCCCGGUGCCCAAUGCCUCCCUGUUGGGGAGCCUCAGGCCUCCCUCCCUCCUCCAGGGAGAAGUGGGGGUGACUCCUUUUCUGCCCCGGGGCCCCAAGGCUGGCGACAAGCUGGCUCCAGGUCCUGCUCCCUGCCGGCACCAGGGAGCUCUGCACGAGGCCGGGAGUCGCUGGACAGAGCCUGGGUGUACCCAGUGCUGGUGCAAGGACGGAGAGGUGGUCUGUGGGAAGGUGACCUGUGACACUCCCUGUUCCCACCCGAUUCCUGCCAGAGAUGGGGGCUGCUGCCCAGCUUGCACAGGCUGUUUGCAUGGUGGCAUCGUCCGAGAGGAGGGCGACGUGUUUUCUCCGUCCAGCACCAACUGCACGGUCUGCGUCUGCCUGGCUGGGAACGUAUCCUGUAUCUCCCCCAAGUGUCCUCCCGGCCCCUGCCAGAGCCCCCCACAGUCGGAUUGCUGUACUUGUGUGCCAGUGAGGUGCUAUUUCCAGGGGCAGUGGUACGCCGACGGUGCAGUGUUCAGUGGGGGCGACAAUGAGUGCACCACCUGCGUCUGCCAGGACGGGGAGGUUGAGUGCUCCUUCAUGCCAUGCCCGGAGCUGGACUGCCCCCGCGAGGAGUGGUGGCUAGGCCCUGGCCAGUGCUGCUUCACCUGCCGGGAAGCCACACCCAUAGCAGGCUGCUCUCUGGAUGACAAUGGCGUUGAGUUUCCGAUUGGACAGAUCUGGUCGCCUGGUGACCCUUGUGAGUUGUGCAUCUGCCAGGCAGACGGCUCAGUGAGCUGCAAAAGGACAGACUGCGUGGACUCCUGCCCUCACCCCAUUCGGAUCCCUGGACAGUGCUGCCCAGACUGCUCAGCAGGCUGUACCUACACAGGCAGAAUCUUCUACAACAAUGAGACCUUCCCGUCUGUGCUGGACCCCUGUCUGAGCUGCAUCUGCCUGCUGGGCUCGGUGGCCUGCUCGCCCGUGGACUGCCCCAUCACCUGCACUUACCCCUUCCACCCCGACGGGGAGUGCUGUCCGGUGUGCCGAGACUGCAACUACGAGGGAAGGAAGGUGGCCAACGGCCAGGUGUUCACCUUGGAUGAUGAGCCCUGCACCCGGUGCACCUGCCAGCUGGGAGAGGUGAGCUGUGAGCAGGCCCCCUGCCCUCAGGACUGCGCAGACCCCCGCACGGCCCCCAAGGACUGCUGUGCCUCCUGCCCAGAGUCCCCAUUCCCUCCAGGAGGAGGCCUGAAGCCUGCGUUUCACGGAGAUGUGGAGUCCAGCAGAGCGGCCCAGAGCUCCCAUGAGCACACAGAGGCCCCCCCGAGUGCUGUCAGCUGCGACGCCUGCCCGGGGCCCCUGGCCACUUCCUCUCAGAGGCCAGCACGCUCUCUCUUCCAGCUCCUCUUAAGGACCAAUGUGUCCACCGUUCAGCGUUCACCCUCGGACCCCUCGGGAGGCCCGGUCUCACCUGCACCCUUGUUGGGGCCUGGAGGUACAUUCCCAGGGAAGCCCGAGGUCUCCUCAGGACCCUCCACCCCUCCAGGAACCUCCACACUACCUCCUGCCUCUCCGGGGGCUCCUUGGUCCCCCUUCUCUGCUCCUGAGACCUGGGCGGUGUCCAGGUGGCCUUCUCGGCCUGCCACCACCCUGGCUGAAGCAUCUACACUUUCCACGACCAGCCCCAGCCGCUCAGAGACCCCUGGGACCUUCCUCGGGUCUCAAAGACUCUCCUUCACCACCUCCGGACUCUCUGGGUCACUGGCAACCACGGCUGGCCCCGCCCCCCGGAAGCCCACUACCUCGAGGGGGGAGACGUCCACUGUGUGAAUAUGGGCCUGGACUUCUGGAAGACUCCAGACAGAAACAACUCUGCUGCGGGCCUGGUGGGCGAGCAGAUGGCCCUGGGGGGACCCCAGCCGAUGACCAAGGAGCUCGUGGGAACAGAAAAGCCCCCUUAGGCUGGACCCCAAGAGAGGCAGGUGCCCAAGAAGCCUUUGGAGUGUGGUUUGAGCAAAAGGAGUUCUCCAUGGUCAGUACCCCACUCCCCCAAUUGGCGUGCUUUGUGGAGAAAAGCUGGGGGUGCUGAGCUCUGUUCAUCAGGGUUGGGGACACCCUCACCUCCCACCGUGUGUCCUUACCUGAGGUUUCUGAUUAAAGGUUCUCUCCAUUUC